AUGUCAGACGAGCGGCUGGUGGACUCCAAGUACCGGCGAUGGCCCCCCGCCAUGGACAACUUGUUGGUGGAGCUCCUCAGCCACGUCGUCCACUCGUUCCCUAAGGACGGCGACCCCGUGAUGACGAAGGAGGCGUGGGUGUACGUGUGCAACCUGAUGCGAGCCCGCAACCCCCAGGCGGUGUAUCUGACGUAUACCAAGUACCUGUGCACCCAGCACUUGUACAACGUCAUCCAGUGGCGCUACCGGAUGUGGCUCAAGCUCGCCACCUUCACCGUCGCCGACGCCCGUUAUCGCUACCAUUGGCACGCCGGUAAAGGCCGUUUCGUGGUGGAAGAGGGCUCCCCCGCCACGACCAUCGACGACACCAACGUCCUCCACCACCUCGUCGCCACCCGCGAGCUUCUGCUACCCCAGUUCGACGAGUUCAACCGCAUCCGCCUGCCCCAGGUGCUCAUGGACUUGUUUGUCCUGGACAACUUGCGCUACAUGCUGGUGUACCACAACGAGGUGUUCGACUUGCUCGUGCGGACCGACUACCGGUUCCAGUUGCCCCCCGAGAUUGAGAGCUACCCUCCCUUUGACUACCCCGAAGCCAGACUCCCUUAUAGCAAACCGCUUAAGCCCCGCCAGCGGCGAAAACACCCGACGCCGCCUGAUCCUCCGGGCGAUAAGGAUGCCCCUCAGCCCGCCUCUAGCCCCCGGCCCCCAUCACUGCCGCUCACGGCGGGCGCUUCGCCUAAAGCUACGUCUCAUUCUCCAGCGGCAGCAGCAGCAGCAGCAGCAGCCUCCCCAUCUCUGGUCGCGGUGCCGGCAUCACGACUCCAGACGCCGCCGCCUGCGCUGGUGGUGCCCGCUCGUCCGGUGGCGCCUCCAGAAGCACCCCCAGAAGUGCCCCCGGAGGCGCCAAUAAUUGUGGAUCCGGCGCUGGUGGUGGAAGCGGCGGCGGCGGCGGCGGCGCUGCUACCGGUGGUGGAUCCGCUGGGGGCGCCGAUCCCGCCAACACCAGUGUUUGUCCGUGACCGUAAGUGGUUUACCAAGCUUCUAGACCUCCACCGCACCGGCCACCUUGGCCUUGGCGAGGUUCAUUUGGUGUGUGUCGGGGUCCGCGACGGCAAGAUCCCCCUCUUUAUGCUUAACGUACUUGAUCAGCACUACUACCGUGACGCCCCUGCUCCCAUGGUACAGUCCGACGACCAGAUCGCCUACCACGUGCGCCAGUACAUGCUCCCUAUGCUUAACUUUUGA